UAUAAUCUAUUUAUUACUCUAGGUUGGAUAGUUAAUAUAGAUGUUCAGUUAUAUACUAGUAUAAAUAUUAUAUUUAAUUACGUUACUAAAUACAUUUCAAAAGCCGAGAAGAGAAUAAGGUCUUACAAUAAUAUUACCACCGAAUUAAUACCCUAA